GUGGGAUUUACAGAGGCUGGGAAAAUGAGUCCUGGUCUAAGAUCAAUCUAUACUGCUCCGCACCGCACAGAGCAGCGCUGAUCACGUGGGAGCAAGCUCUGCGCUGAGCGUGCUCCCAAUGAGCAACCAAUGAUUGUCUGGGGGGAAGGCAAGGUUUGGGAAGCUUCCUCCCCACCCGCCCAUCCGGUAGGUUGUGUGAAUGGCCCCAGUGUGUGCAGAGAGUAUUUGAACAAAAGGGGUUUACUUGGAGGGAUUCAUUCAUUGGCUUUCAAUGGCCUGGUUCACACAAUCAUUUAAAUCUAGAUUUAAUGUAGGUUAUGUUAAUGAGUGCUGGCAACAUUUACCAAGAUUAUUGUGAUUAUGUAAAUCUACACCCAGGUGGUUUGUGACCUGAGAUGAUCUGAAGUUCCUACUUUGGGAUGGGUUCACAAAAUCACACUAAUGUUAGUAACCCACAUUUAACUUAGAUUUGAACUGUAUGAACCAGGCCAUCUGAAGUUUUUCAGUACGGCUUGAAACUAAAGUGGGCUGGUAGGAACUUCCUUAUAUCUGACUAUUUUAUUAUGGUUUUCUAAGUGAGGUAUUAACUAUGUCCAAUGUAUGCCACUGAUUUUAAAAAGAUAAUCUUAUUUCCUGGAAGGGUAACACCUAUUACCUGAGGAGAAUAUGAAACUAAAGCUGUAGCUCUGUUUUCAGUGUGUAGCAGCCAUGGCCACCGGGAGCCCUAUCAAGGAGCUCUGUGAUGAAAUUACUUGUCCCAUCUGUCUGGAUUAUUUCAAGGACCCAAUGACCAUUACAGAGUGUGGACACAGUUUCUGUCAUGGCUGCCUGACCCAGUGGUGGGGGGUGUCAGGGACAGAAGCUUGCUGCCCUCAAUGUCAAGAAAGAACUCAGGAAAGGAAAUUCAAGCCAAAUCGUCAGCUGGCAAAUUUUGUAGAAAUAGCCAGGAAUUUUCAGAGUAGUUCCAGUCUUCAGGGAAAGAAGGAGGCAGAAGGAAAUGAGAGAGUCUGUGAGAAGCACCAGGAACGCCUGAAACUCUUCUGCAAAGACCAUGGCACUCUCAUCUGUGUGGUGUGUGACAGAUCCAGAGAACAUGAAAAUCACAAGGUGAUUCCUCGGGAGGAGGCUUCCCAAGAGUACAAGGAUCAGAUCCACAGUUGUCUUACAUUUCUGAAGAAAGAGAGAGAAGCACUUUUUUCAUAUAAAGCAGAUGUUACAGAAGACAGCCAAGAACUCUUUAACCAAACAGAAGCAGAGAGGCAAAAGACAGUGGCUGAGUUUAAACAACUGCACCAGUUUCUGGAAGAACAAGAGAAACUCCUGCUGACCCAGAUGGAAGAGGUGGAGAAGGAGAUUUCAAGAAGACGGGAUGAGCACCUGAGCAGGCUCUCUGAGGAGCUCUCCUCUCUUGAAAAGAUGAUCCAGGAGAUGGAGGAGAAGUGCCUGCAGCCAGCAAGUGAACUCCUUCAGGAUAUUGAAAACACCUUGCAGAGCAAUUUAAGCUUGAAAUGUCAAGGAUCCCAUUCAGGCUGUGGCUUUGUGAACGUUCCCCUAUGCAAGACAGUGUCAAAAUCUAGAUCGUGUCAGACAAAGGAGGCAUUUAAAAAUCCUGUGGUUUUUUCUCCUGCUCUGAAAUGGAAGAUCUGGGAAUUCUGUGAUAUAAAUCCUUUCCUGGAGGGUGUCAUGAAGCCAUUUCAAGACACUCUACUAUCUGGACUUCAGCUGCAGAAAGCAAAUGUGACCCUGGAUCCAGACACAGCUCACCCUCGACUCAUCCUGUCUGAGGAUCAUAAAAGCGUGAAAUGGGGAGAUAAAAGGCAAGACCUACCCAACAAUCCUGAGAGAUUCAACAUGUCGCCCUGUGUGUUAGGAUGUAAGGAAUUCACAGCAGGCAGACAUUGCUGGGAAGUCAGUGUGGGGAGUGAGGAAGAAUGGGCAGUGGGGGUUGCCAGAAAAUCUGUGAGGAGAAAAUACAAGUUUGAAAAUGGUCCUGAGGAAGGCAUCUGGGCUGUGGAGAAGUGGGAAGGUCAGUACCGGCCCUUCAGCCUCCCUAAUCCAACUCUACCUCCUCUGUCUCUGAGUGGGAAGCCCAAGAGGAUCCGGUUGACUCUGAACUAUGAAGGGAGACAGGUGGCCUUCUUUGACGCUGAUUCAACAGCCCUGAUCUACAUGUAUUCAGCAGCCUCAUUCUCUGGAGAGAAGCUUUGUCCUUUCUUUUCUGUGUAUUAUAAAUCCCACCUGACACUCUCUUCUUGAGACAUUCCAGAGGGCCAAGACAGAGAUAUAUAAACAAACUGCAGUCUUUUUUCUGUUUAUGGAGAUGCUGGAUUUGCAAGGCACUUAUUGACUAACCCUUCUGUCAGUCAGUAAAUGACUUCUCUACUUUCUGUCGAGGCAAGCUAUGCACAAUGCUGAUUGAUGCAUCUGUCAUGGAGCAACUUCUCCAUUUCCUCUGAGCCAAGCAUAAACAUGGUUGAGUGGAAGGCCCUUCUGUGAAUCAUGGAACAACUUCUCCAUUUUCUGUUCAUCAAAUGUAAUGAUUAGUGAGGGAAUUUAUAUCUACGUGAAAGGGAUUAAUCAUAUAUCUGAGCUGGAAUAACAAUAAAUCAAAGCGAGGAUGUAAACAAGGCUAGAUUGGUUUUCCCUGAAAAGGAAAGAGUAUAUUUUUACAGGCUGAUGUAUUUUAGUUAUGAUUUUUCUCAUAUAAUUAUGAGAAAUUUUUAGAAUGAAUAUAAAACCCAAAUGGAUAUUAAGAUGUCUGGGAGACCUCACCAGUGUUCACUCUGACAGGGAUCCCCGGAUGUUGUUGACUACAACUCCCAGAAAUCCCAGCUGCAAUGGCUUUUGCUUGGGGAUUAUGGAAGUUGUAGUCGACAUCUGGGAAUCCAUGUUUGAGGCAACACUGGACCUCACCUAAUUCUGGGCAGCUUGAGAAAAGCUGUACUGAACUGAAAACUAAACUCCUUGAAAUUGUUUUUCAUAUAAAGCCCUUUGUAAUCAAUUCUGUUUUGAUGCGUUAUCCUUCAUUUUUCAUAUUUUGUAUAUUCUUUAGUAGAAGUAAAACAGAAUCUUAA